ACGUCGCUUUGACGAUCUGAGCCGACUUUUGUCGAAGUGCGCCGCCGCCGGUGGAGCAGCUUCGCCCUCAUAAACAGGCUUCUCCCGAUGCAGUUUCCACCCGCUCUUUGUCCGCGGCCGACCGACUGACGACGCGUUUCCCUUUAAGAUGAUGUCGGACACGUUCAUGUUUUAUUUAAUUAUUUUAUGUAAUGUCGCCAGGCAGAAAGUUGGACUAAACAAUAACGCUAAAAAGCAGCGACGGUAGGAGAGGAGUGAAGCAUCCCCCCUCCGGCGGGCAUCAUCUCGGGUUCGGGUCUAACGAGUCCGGUGUCCUUGCUGGUGCACUUCCUCGGGACAGACAUGUCUUUUCAUGUGACAGACAAAGCAGACUGGCAUCGAGGCGCAGAGGAGAUUCGGUGAAUGCGGAGAAACUCCCCUCUCACGUUCACCCCCGCAAUGUUUUGGAUGCGUGGCGGCGCGCUGUAGGAUUUUGGCUCACGUUUAACGCCAUUUCAGCGGGAGCUCUCCCACGUCUCGUCCCCUCUGCCAUCGCGACAACCUCCACCUUCAGCCCCCUCCAGUGAUGACAUCCCCGGACUCUCCCCCACUGGUGUCCCCUUCCCCAUGCCCUGCUCCCCCUCCGUCCCUCCCCUCCUCCCCUGUGCCCUCGUCCCCGGCCCCUUCCUCGUCCUCCCUGCCCGCCCAGCCCUCGCUGCCUCCCACGGGGGAGGUGAUGGUGCUGGCUCUGGGCAGGAAGAAGCAGAGGGUGCUGAUCGCGCUCUCCAUCCUGCCGAACCUCUUCCUGGCCUUCCUGCUCUCCUCCGACCCCCUCAUCACCCUCUCCCCGCCCCACCACUGCCACCUGCCGGGGCCCGUGCCGUCGCCGGAGGUGCUGAACGCCUCCCUGCCCUGGGAGAAGGGGGAGCGGCCCGGGGACGGCGGGGGUUUGUCCCAGUGCAAGCAGUACGUCAACAGCAGCGCGGCAGCCGUGGUGGACUGCGAGGCCGGCUGGGACUACAACGUGACGGAAGGGCUGAGGAACAACAUCGUCACAGAGUGGGAUCUGGUGUGUGCUCAGUACUGGCUGGUCCCAGUGGAGGAGGUGUGUUUCAUCCUGGGCGUCCUGACUGGCUGUCUCGGCCUGGGCUACGCCGCAGACAGACUGGGCAGGUCCAAGGCGCUGCUGACCUCGCUGACCCUGUCGGUGGUGUUCGGGGUGCUGGUGUGCGUCUCUCCGUACCCCUCCAUCUUCAUCGUCAUGCGUUUCUGUUUGGCGGCCGCCAGCGCGGGCGUCUACCUCACUCUGUACAUCACUCGUCUGGAGCUGUGUGAGCCGUCUCUGAGGCUGCUGGGCGCCGUGCUGGCCGGGCUGAUGACCGUCGCCGGAGAGCUGCUGCUGCUGGCCGUGGCCCUGGGCUGCCAGUCCUGGAGGGGCCUGCUGGGAGCCGGAGCCGCCCCGCUGACCCUCUUCCUCAGUUACGGCAUUCCUGGGGUUUUUCCAGAGUCCCCUCGCUGGCUCCUUCUGUCGGAGAGAUCCUCAGACAUGAACUCCUUCAGCGAGAGAAGAAACUCCAACAGAGAUGUGAGGGACGACGAGAGCUUCACAGAGCUGGAUUCAGAGCCGGCCCCCUCCUCGAGCCCCCACCUGUCCUUCCCUGAGCUCGUCCACAGCAGGAACAUCUGGAAGAACAUGUGUGUGCUCGGCUUCACCUCGUUCAUCUCUCACGGCAUCAGUCACUGUUACAGCUCCUUCCGAGGUGACGUCAGAGGCACGGCCCCCAGCUUCUAUUGGACGUACCUGCUGUCUGUGUGCGCGGGGGGCGGGGCCUGGCUGUUGCUCUGGGCGACCGUAGACAGGUGCGGCCGCCGUGGCAUCCUGCUCCUCUCCAUGACGAUGACGGGCCUGGCCUCUUUGAUCCUCCUGGGACUCAUGGAGUAUCUCAGCGAGACGGCCAUCACAGUUUUCUCGGUGUUGGGUCUCUUCUCCUCGCAGGCCACCGCCUCCCUCUGCAUCUUCUUCACUGCAGAGAUCAUGCCCACCGUCAUCAGGGGCAGCGGCGUGGGCGCGGUGCUCGCUCUGGGCUGCGUGGGCCGCCUCAGCUCGCCGCUCAUGGACCUGAGGAACCACUACGGUUACUUCCUGCACCACGUGGUCUACUCCUCUCUGGCCCUGCUGGCCGUGCUGUCCAUCCUGCUGCUGCCCGAGAGCAAGAGGAAGCCGCUGCCGCAGACGCUGGCCGACGGGGAGCAGUACAGGCGCCCCCCGCUGGGCCGGAGGAGGAGGGACAAUGUGCCGCUGCUGGCCACGCCCAACCCGGAGACCUAAGAGACUCCUGAGAAGAGCGGGAUGGACUGCGCUCCACUCGUUCACUCUGCAGAACAUUUCCAUCCAUCACGUUCACGCAGCGGAGGACUUGAAGCUGAUCGGACUCACACAUCUCAGUCAUUCUGAACUUUUUUCCUCCGUGGUUCUGUGUUUCCUGCCAUUCAGAGGUCUUUCAUCUCUUCCACCACCGCCAUGUGAUUCACCAGCCCACGCUGCGGCACUACAGCGUGUCUGUCGUAGAGAUGCUUAACUACCGACACUCCAGACCAGACGUGACGUCAGAGAGCAGCCGCAAAUUAUUCCUAACAUUUGUCUUAGCCUGCAGAGAGCAGAGCUUUUUUCUUUCACUUGUCGUCGUCUGACACUCGGGGGGAAACUCCACCGCCGACUCGAUGAAGUGGUGGCUGUUAUACGUCUUGUAAAUACUUUAGACUUAGUUUCUUUAACUUCUUUGGGACGUCUGAGUUUUGUUAAAGCAGGCUGGAAACUGCAGUUGGCUAUGCAGCGGAGAAGCGGCGCAGAGCACUUUGAGACGGUGUGGUUGUUAAUCUGACACAAAUCUUCAAAUUUAAGGAACGGUUUUAUGAGAGUAGGUCAAAACUUACCAAUUCUGAUCAGAGACCAAACACACAACGGAAAGAGGCCUUCAAACUGUAAGUCCAGUUAGUGAAUCUGGCCUGGAGCCGGCGAUAUUUAUGUCUUAUUUAUGUUGUUGAAGCAUAUUCAGUGAGGGCCAAGUGUUUCUUCUAUUCUUAAAUUGGUUUGGCAUGGAAUAAACUUUCCACUUUGUGCUGUCUCUGAUGAAACAGCAGUGAAGCUGUUCGCUGUCCAACAUUCCUGCAUGUCUGGAAGCACUGAAGGGCUCUUCAUCUGUAUUUCCUCAGAAGCUUGUAGUUACUCAGUACCUCUGUGGAUGACCCGCCCCAGCUGUAAGAGAAGAAGACUAAACUAACGUAGAAGUUGUCUAAGCGGGAACAUAACGUUUGGUCAGGAUGUAAAGGAAGCAGGUCGUCUGUUAUUUUGCCUGAAUGUGUGUCACUGCUGGAAAAAAGGCCCAAUGAUUGUGCUCCACGAGGGCCCCAGAGCUCCAAAUGAACCCUCCGACUCCUCGAGUUAAAGGGGCAGUUCACCCCAAAAUCAAAACUACACAUUUUUCCUCUCACCUGUCGUGCUGUUUAUCCAUCUAGAUGGUUUUGGGUGUGAGCUGCAGAGUUUUGGAGAUACUCUGCCUUCUCUUGAAUGUUAUGGAAGUAGAUGACACUUCUCUUGUGGUGCUCAUAUUGGCAAAAAAAUCACAUCUGAAAAAGUCAACAGCAAUGUUUCUUUCCAGAAAUCAUGACCCGGUUAUUCAAAGUGAUCCACAGACCUUGUUGAGAGCAGUUUCACGUAGGAACUACUUUCUUUCCAUAUCACGACGAAGAAGGAAACGUGCACCUACUCCUGGGCGAGAGGCCUGCGCCGUAAACAUUAAUGCUGUCUUCCUCAGCUGAGCUGUAACGUUAGCUAGCUUAGUUAGCUUAGUUAGCUAGCCUCUCAGAUAAACAGCCCAACAGGUAAGAGGAGAAGUGUGUGGGUUUUUGGGUUAAUUUUGGGGUGAACUGUCCCUUUAAAGGUCCAGUGUGUUGGAUUUAGGAGCAGAACUGGAAUAUGAUAUUCAUAAUAAUCAUGUUUUUUCAAGUGUUUAAUCACCUGAAACUAAGAACCCUCGUGUUUCUGUUACCUUAUAUAAAUAUAUAAUUAUAAUUAUAUAAGUUUUUAUACAUACAGAGGGAACUGCUCCCCUGGCGGAGUCCGCCAUGUUUCCACAGCAGCCCAGAACUGACAGACCAGACCCUGACACCAGAGGGGGCCUUUCAGGUUCACCUGGUUGCAUUCUGCAGCCUCACCACUAGAGGCCACUAAAUCCUCCACUCUGGACCUUUAAAUCAUGACGGAGGACAACUGAAGCCUGUCGGAUUCAGUGCUUGAAAGCUGUGUGUAUGUUUGUGUGCUCGGGUAAUUGGAUGUGUGUCGGCCUGUCACGAUAACAGAUUUUGUUGGAAGUUAUUUUGUCCCAGAAAUAAUUGUAAUAAUAUAAUAACAAUAAUGAUAUUUUGGUCAAUUUAAGACCAUAUUGUAGCCACUGAUAUAAUAAGAGCUUAAUAACACAAGUACGCCCUUUCAAAGAGCAAUAAACUUUUAAUUGCUGAUAAAUUGUGAAAAUACCCUAACUAAAUAAAAUGAUGUGUUCUGACGUGAGCGAACACAGCAGGCUGCGAUGAGAUCGAGGUCAGGCACGCAUGUCGAUGAGAGGAUAACCUAAUCAUCCUGACAGGCCUGGAGUGUGUGAUACAGAGAGGAAGACGAGUUGUUUAGUUUGAGGUGUCUUUAACGAAGGAAGCUCACCUCCACUUGAUGGCUUUGGAAGUUUUUUUCCUCUGUAUGUCACACUUAUACACUGAUGAUUAUUAUCACUAUGAUUAACGUGACUCGAGUAGUAUUACGUCUGACAACACUGAUGAUCAGUCCAAUGACGAGUGUGAUGCAGUUAACUCUAUAGCCUGAUUUAAUGUAAAAUAAAGCUGGUUAAAGAAA